GGCCGCGGGGGGGCGGAGGCGUGGCCGCGCUGCUCCGCGCCGCGCAGCGAAAUGGCGGUCUCGCUGCGCGCCCUCCUCCGCACCAGUGCCGGUGUCUGCGCCGGUGCCGCGCGGUGCCGCGCAUUCCUGGCGGCAUUCCGCCCCCUUCUGGUGGGGCGGGGGUGCAGCGACGGGCCCCCGUUCCGCUUCCUGCAGGUGCAGAAGGCUGGGGCGGGCGGCAGCGUGGGCCUGAUCCGGCUGCAGCGGCCCGAGGCGCUCAACGCACUCUGUGAGGGACUGAUGGAGGAGCUUCGGUGCGCACUUGACACCUUUGAGGCUGACGGGCGGGUGGGAGCUAUUGUCAUCACCGGCAGUGAGAAGGCCUUUGCAGCUGGUGCUGACAUCAAAGAGAUGCAGAACAAAACCUUCCAGGAUUGCUAUGGCGGUAGCUUCCUGGCUGGCUGGGACCGGGUGGCCACUGUCCGCAAGCCCACCAUCGCUGCUGUUAAUGGCUUUGCUCUGGGCGGAGGGUGUGAACUGGCCAUGAUGUGUGAUAUCAUCUAUGCUGGGGAGAAGGCGCAGUUUGGACAGCCCGAGGUCUUGCUGGGGACAAUCCCAGGUGCCGGCGGGACACAGAGGCUGACCAGGGCAGUGGGCAAGUCACUGGCCAUGGAGAUGGUGCUCACUGGAGAGCGGAUCUCGGCAGCAGAGGCCAAGGCAGCAGGUCUGGUCAGCAAAGUCUUCCCCACGGACAAGCUGCUGGAUGCAGCCAUUGGCUGCGCUGAAAAGAUCGCUUCCAACUCCAAGCUGGUGGUGGCUAUGGCCAAGGAGUCCGUCAAUGCCGCCUUUGAAACAACACUGACAGAGGGGAACAGGACAGAGAAACGCCUCUUCUAUGCCACUUUUGCCACUGAUGACCGCAAGGAAGGGAUGACUGCAUUUGUGGAGAAGCGCAAGGCCAACUUCACUGACAGCUGAGCGGCGGGACCUGCAGACACUAGUUGCCCUUUGCUGCCCUUCACCACCCAUGUGCCUCAGAAUGAAGGACGGACCCAUCGGCACCGCAGAGGGAGCCAGCACCUGGCACUGAAUGAUGCCCACACCAAACAAGAUCUCCAGCAGGGUUUUGCCUCAUUAUCACUAUUAAAAGGCUUUCCUGGUGCUGCCA